AUGGCGGAAGAUCAGAGGUCCAGCAUUCCUGAGCAAAGCCCGGCCAGUUGGAUCGCUGCCGCGUGUUGUCUCGGUAUGUCUGUGCGUCUGUUGAGGCGUGGAGGCGUGGAGGCGUACAUCGUCACCGUGCUGCGCUAUUUCCCAAUUGAGCUGGGUGUUCGAAGGCUGCAGGAUUUCCCGAAUGGGUGGGAGUAUGUGGUGGUUGGAUGCAACGUUCGAGUGGUGAAUACUUCCCGCUUGCUUUGA